GAUUUUCAAUAACACAAUCAUGGCAAUUACCAAAAUCGUAUUAUUGAUGGUGUGCUGCGAAUUGCAGUUCACGUUAUCUCACAUAACUAUACCAGAACCGCUCAGAGAAUGUUACAGAAGCGAUGCUACAUUAAAUCCUCAAUUUCCAUUGAAUUUACGUACAGUAGUGGACAUCAUACAAAAACUGGAGAAACAUUCAUAUGCAUCAAUGAAUAUGAGAAUGUUGUCGUCGUCGUUACUCCACAGAUUUAAAUUCGAUGGUAUCGAGUUUCAAGAAAAUAUACAAGCCACUAACGAUGUACUUCCAUUCGGCGGAACUGGAAGCCAACGUGUUAAAAAUCAGAUGAUAGAAGAACUCAUUCCAAGUAACACAGAAGCUUUACCAGUUCAUGUAUUGACACGUACCGAACGUUGUAUACUCCAUCAGGCUAUUUCGAAUACAAUUAUAAAACAUGACGUUCAAAACGUAAAUAAGUCUUGCCAUCGAGUUAUCCAAACUGAAAAACAAACAGGCAAAAAUAUCCUCACCGAUACAUACAAUUGUCCAAGACAACAAGGAGUUAUUUUAACACCGUAUGGCACUGUUGCUCUUGGAUCAAUUAUAGGAGCCAUUGCUGCAUCUCUUCAACAUCAAAAUGUUGCUUUAAAUCAGUUAAUUGCUAGUUUGGGGACACCUGCUUCAGUUCCUGUAGGGAUAAACGCUACACGCACAUCGAAUACAAAAUACGACGAGGAAGAAAUCGACUUUGUUCUACCAAAAAGUCAAAUGAUUCACGAACAGUAUAUGUGGUAUCGUACUUUAAUGAGUUCGUCUGUAGAACUUGAUAAUGUAUGGUUGACUACAAUUGCGGGCGAUUUAGCAGAAAUGACAGUGUAUCAAGGACCUUUGAUAGGUAAUAAUAUGUCUCUUGGUGCAACAGGAUUUUGGAACAAUACAAUGUAUCCAACUGUUUAUUAUCUGACGAGUGAACACACAAGUUUUGAAGCGACUCGAGCUGAACUGUUAGGAGGCAUUGAUGGUUUGAUUAUUGCAAGUAACUUGCAGACCUGGAUUCAAAAAUUUUACAGUCUUCGGCUUAGUCAAAUAUUAAAUAUGUACUAUUCGUACGAAGGCAUCGCUUUCGACGUGAAUGUUAAAGCCUGUAAUCGAGCACAACAUUUUGUACUUACCACGCCAAAGACUAUUUUGAAUGAGCAGAUUAACGCGAUAGCUCAAAUGUUAGCUUAUCGAAAAAGCAUAGCAUAUAUAUCUCCUGAAGCAUUGCAACGAAUGACAGAGUAUGCCACCGAAAAAUUUUAUGCGUAUGCAGAAAACCAUCUAUUCCCAGAGAUACCUUGUCGAGAACCAAUCAAUCAAAAUCGAGUAGAAGCAUUAAUUGUAUUUGAUGGUGCAUGGGCUAUAGAGUACACGACAAACUUUCUGGCCGUUUUAAUACAAGACUUGGAUGUAUCGAUGUACGGGUCAAAAAUGGGAAUAAUACAUGGUACUUCAGGAGAAUGGCUAUUGAACGUUACAAACAGCCCAUCGCUUGCAUUCGAAGCAUUAAAUAAUUUUACAAAUAUCUCGUGGCCGACGCAAUUAAAUUAUACUAGAGUUUUAGAGACAAUAUUUGCACAUUUAAAUAAGACUUGGGAAGAUAAUCGAAAACUAAACAGAAUUGGAAACCUUGGUCAAGUAAUUGUACUACUGAUUCCUCUAAGCUACAUGUCUGCCAAUGAUAGACAAUUUAUAAUAACAUUAUUGCAAGAAAUUAAAUACCAUCAUCCAGACGUUCACUUUGUGUACUAUACCUCGCGGUAUAAUACCAAUUUGUUUAAUGCAUUCAUUUUAUCGCACGAAGAUCAUUUAAUAAACAACUCUAAUAUCGACGAUGUCAUUCAGCAUCUUUCAAUAAUACCACGGACUCUAAGACCUAUAAAAUAUAUCGAUUCAAAUUCCAAAAAUUCCACUCUCCAAUUCGAAGAUUAUAUAAGCCCUUCAAAGUCUAUUGUAUACAGAUUACAUUCGUAUUGGAAACGAAACAUAAAAAGAACGCCCAUCACAAUUCACAAUUUCGAUUAUGGAAAAAUAAAUGUAUGCACGUGGAUACAAUAUCAGCCCGGCGAGAGACAAAAUUACAAUUGUACGGAAAUGGAUGGUUACAAAGAAAUUACUUUAAUCGAUCAAUUAAAAUGUACUAAAGAUUUACCUUGCCCUGAUAUAUAUUUCCGUAUACAAAAUGUAACUUCUCAUUUCAAAUGUGCAGAAAUAGACUGCAGAACACCAGAUCAAGUAAGGUUCAUCAUAAGGUCGGAAAAUUUCUAUUACGAGAGUUCUGCCAAUAAAAAUGUACCUUUGUUCGUAUUAAAUGUUUCGCUUUUAUUUGUAUAUUACGUACUCUCGCGAACUCUGUUAUAGUCGAAGACAAAACGUAGGAUUAAUGUUCAAUUUUUGAUACAAAUUUAUACGACUUUUUACUGUAUAUACGACUAAACAAUAAAAUUAAAUGAAAUGAUUCGAGA